UGUUCCGGAAGAGCUUGCGUCGUUGCUCACAAGGGCGUGGCGAUGGCGGAACACAGCCCCAAUCCCAAGGCCAAUCCCAAGCAUCGUAAGGGCAAAAAGACCAAGCGCCAAUCUGAAGAGGUCCAGCUUCUCGAGCAUGACGACGACGCGAACCAUGGCACCGCCGCGAAGUCGGAGAGGUUGGAAGUGGAGCAGACUGAAAGAAAGCCUCACCACAAGAAGAAGCAGUCGAAGAGAAGGAUCGAGGAGAGCGAGCCCGAUGCCUCCGAUGCGACCGUCCACGUGCGGUUGAACGGGGAGGAGAGUGAGAGGAGCGGCAAGAAGGCGAAGAAGAAGAAGCAGAAGAAGCAGAAGGCGGUGUCAGAAGAGGGGAAGGGAGUAGAGGUGGUGAAUGGGUCGGAUGGGAAUGAAGAGAAGACGGAGCAGUCGAGAGUGGUGGAGGGCGAGGAUGCGGCUGGAAAUGGCGGAGAGAGGGAGGGUGUGGAUGCUGUUGCCGAUGUAGCGUUGCCUUCUGGGAGGUUUACGAUUAGUAUGGCGGUUGCGGGAUCUAUUGUCGAUAAUGCGCAGUCGCUUGUGCUUGCCAGCCGGCUUGCCGGGCAAAUUGCAAGAGCUGCAGCUAUUUUCAGGAUUGAUGAGAUAGUCGUAUUCGACGAUGGUGAUGAAGGCAGUCGGGUUCCUAAGUGGAGCGAGGGUGCUACCGAAACCAGUGGGAGCUUUUUAUGCCGCUUGUUGAAGUACAUGGAAACUCCGCAAUAUCUUAGACUAACGCUAUGCCCCAAGCACCGUAGCCUCCAGUGUGCGGGAAGUCUGCCUCCUUUAGACGUGCCUCACCAAGCCCGCAAACAUGAGUGGAUACCUUAUCGAGAAGGUGCUGUAACAACCAAGCCACCUUCACCUGGUGGUGGUAGCUGUGUGAACGUUGGUUUGUUCGAGGAUGUUGUUAUCCGACAAAAUUUACAACCAGGCACCCGAGUUACUGUGAAAAUGGGAGAGUCACGUCCUAAUCCAGGUGAACAGAGGAUUCUUGAGGUUGUGCCAAAAUCAGAGCCAAGGGACAAAGGUCAUUACUGGGGCUACGCUGUGCGGCACGCUUCAAGCUUAAGCACUGCCAUAUCUGAAUCCCCUUUCCCAAAUGGGUAUGACUACGUAAUCGGCACAUCAGAGCACGGAGUGAAGGUCAGUUCCUCAGAGCUGGUAUUGCCCAAGUUCAAGCACCUUUUGGUCGUGUUUGGAGGAGUUGCGGGUUUGGAAGAAAGCAAGGAAUUAGAUAAGACCAUCGAGGUUUCAGACGUGCGGGAUCUGUUCAAUAUCUACCUCAAUGUAUGCCCAGGACAAGGAAGUCGGACAAUUCGCACCGAGGAGGCUAUAUUGAUAUCACUUCAGUAUCUUCAAGACCCGCUAAUGCGAGCUCUCGGAUUGUCAUUUUCAUCUUGGUGUAGUUAACAUUUUAAUGCAGAAAUUCCGUUUCUGCAUGAGCUGUUCGUAUUAAUUGCCAUGGGGACAAGCAUUGUUAAUCUUUUUGGUACUUUCAAGGACACGCAACUGCGUACUUAUCAAAUCCUA